UGCUGUUGCCUACGCUCCAAACUCCUUGGGUGUUCUCCCGGAGCCCUCUUUCUCGCAGCCAUACAGGGAGACUCCCCCCGCCCUACUUCCCCAGUAAAACGAGAGCGGGUCAGUGGGCACCGGACAGGCCCUCUGCUGGGCGGGGACGGGGGCAGAGAGGGCUCCGGGCCUCCCCCGGCUCCGGGGCGCGCUCAGCUCUGCUGUGCAGCUGCACCGUGGGGCCGGAUCCCUAGAGCAGCCUCGCGCGGGAACCGGUACCAAAGCGCCCGAGCCGCCGCCUCCGGCCCGCAGGCGUCCCCCGCUCUCACCCAGACCCCGGAACGCCGGAGUCCCGGGCACCCCUGGAGCCCCGCGUAGCGUGCGGGUCUCGAGCGGCCCCACACGCUCCUUUCCAGGCCCCCUCCAAGGAGUGGCGCGCGGGGGGCCCCAGAAGCACCUCCCGCCAGCCCGCCCUCCCCCUUCACCUUGCCCGCCCACCCACCCGGCCCGCGCGGCGCGGCGCUGCGCUUGGAUUCCGGGAGGAAAGCGCCGCACAGUGUCCCUGGCGUCUUCAGUCCUGCCCCUCGAAGUGGAGAUGCGCGAGAGGCAGGCAAGGGCGCGCAGCUCGUGAGACGCCGCGCCAGCCGGCACCAUGCGCCUGCGGCCGCUGCCCCUCGUCGUGGUCCCCGGCUUGCUGCAGCUGUUAUUUUGUGAAAGUAAGAAGGUGGUGCAUGCCACAGAGGGGCUGGAUUGGGAAGACAAAGAUGCUCCGGGGACAUUGGUCGGAAACGUGGUGCACUCAAGGAUCAUCAAUCCUCUGCGCCUGUUUGUUAAACAGUCUCCAGUCCCAAAGCCUGGACACUUGGCGUAUGCGGACAGCAUGGAAAACUUUUGGGAUUGGCUGGCCAACGUCACCGAGGUUCAGGAGCCAUUGGCAAGAACUAAACGGAGGCCGAUAGUAAAAACGGGAAAAUUUAAGAAGAUGUUCGGAUGGGGUGAUUUCCAUUCCAACAUUAAAACUGUCAAACUCAACCUCCUCAUCACAGGGAAAAUUGUUGACCACGGAAAUGGAACCUUCAGUGUUUAUUUCCGACAUAAUUCCACAGGCCUGGGCAAUGUUUCAGUGAGUUUGGUACCCCCCUCCAAAGUGGUGGAAUUUGAAGUUUCCCCGCAGUCUACCUUGGAGACCAAGGAGUCCAAAUCUUUCAAUUGUCGCAUUGAAUAUGAAAAAACAGAUCGGGCGAAGAAGACUGCCCUGUGCAACUUUGACCCCUCGAAGAUCUGCUACCAGGAGCAGACUCAGAGCCAUGUGUCUUGGUUGUGCUCCAAACCCUUCAAGGUCAUUUGCAUUUACAUUGCCUUUUACAGUGUUGAUUAUAAACUUGUGCAGAAAGUCUGCCCUGACUACAAUUACCAUAGCGAGACUCCAUACUUAUCUUCUGGCUGAAUUUGUCCACAGUGAUGUAAAUGAGGGACGACUAUAUAUUUAAUUAGAAUGACCAAGAACCAAGCCCAGCUCUUCAUGAUAAAGGAUCCCUUUUGUUUCUGGCAGUGAACCUUACUUCCCUAUUAGAUUUCAAAUUUAAAAAACAAACAAACAAACAAAAAGAAAGAUCUUUAAAUGUAAAAAUGUGUUUGUUUCGGUCUUAAGUAACUUAACCUAAAAAGUCAAACUGUGUAUGAAGCCAUCACUUUCAUGAAGGAUGGCUAAGUCCUAGAAAUAUUGUUGUUUCUCUAAAAGAAGCAUCAAUGGUAGCAACAUGUAAUGAGAAAGAACCGAAUUAUGCAUGUGAUAAACAUUGCUCUUGAAAUGAACCUGCCUUUGAAAUAUGUUUUGGAAGGUUACCUUAAAAUAGCAGAUUCCGUAAAGUAACUGAAAAGAUUGUAUUUGAUAGAGGAAUCACAUUUCUGACAUCAAACUCUCGUUUUUAUUGCUGUCUUUCCUCCCACAUCUAUGCUGUUAUUGAUAUGAGAGAUGAAGGGGUAAAAUUUGUUUCAGACCUCAUGUGUGAAGUUACAGUGCCACAAUGGAACAGAAUACAUUAUUAUCUGAGCUUGAGUGGGAUGUGACUUAAACAUUUAGCCCUUUGCUGGUCACCAUCCUGAGGCUACUCACCUGAGUAGUAAUAUUAGUGGGUUGGGAAAGCUAAUCUGGUUAUAUUUUAAGUGAGUCCCACAAUAAUGAAGGUCAUGAUGUUUUUAGAUUCAUUUGCCAAAUUCAAUGCUGUGAGAUUGCCAAAAAUACCAUUAAAUCUGUAUCCACCCUAUAACCUAUAGCUUCAUUCUAUUCAUUUGAUAGUGUGAUUUUUAUACACAUAGAGAACAACUCUGAAAGUGAAAGUGGUUGUUCCCUAGAGGUUAGAAUAAGGAAAACAAUUGGAAGUGGACUAACAAAAUUCCAGGAUUAUGGAUUCAUUAUUUCUAGCCUCCCAGAUUCAGUUCUCUUUGCAUUUAGUUAAUUAUUUGAAUGAGGGAUUAAAUUCUAUGUAGAAAUGAAGAGUAUAUUUAAACAUUACUGAUUAUUAUUAAGUGCUAACAACGAAGAUACCUGAUGCACCAGGCUUUUGAAAUCACUUCAACAUUAUUGUGGCUUCACUGUUGGUGUCCUUGCCAUCUUCUCUGAGGCAGGUGGACAGUCAUCCUACAUCGUAGAACUGGAUGAUCUUUGCAUUAGUCCAGGAAGAGGGUCUGGCUGGCCAGUAAUGUUUCUAGAACUUGUAAGACUCAUGGAACAGCUACUCUUUUUACAGUAGGUAUUAACUUUACCCAGCCCCCACUCCUUAUUUGUAAAAUAUCAGUUGAAGUAAAACAUUAAACUGAAGGAAGACCAGUCUAACCAACAAAAAUGCUCUUACUGCAUUGUUUAAAAAGCCAACAGCUCUUGUCCUCUAUUUUGCUUUUCAUUCCUUUCCUUUUACUGGUGAUACCUGUACAGUGUUUGAUUUUGUCUUUUGAAAAAUUGUACUAGGCUUAGUGUGUGGUAGUACAGGCUUGAAAUUUUUGCUCUGAGUUCAUCAGGUGCUUUUGCAAUUUUGUGGUUGGUGUGAAAUAUUUUAAGGCAUCUUUUUAUUUUCAUCUAGAAACAAGAUUAAAAUAUUAUUUAUUGUAAAAUAUGUGGGAACCAUAUAUGUAUAUAUACUUAGAAUUUUCUGUGUACAGAGAAAGUAUGUGUACACAUUUCUAUGUAAAUAAAGAGAAUUUGCUAAAUCUGUCACAUGACUUCAGGUUUUUUU